AUGGUUUCUGCAAAAAGUAAAAUUCUUAAAAGCAAUCCAACUGAGUUGGAAAAAGAAAUUGCACAAUGUUUGGUCGACAUUGAAUUAUCAACCUCCUCGGAUAUAAAGAAUGAUACCAAAGAAAUAAAAAUAUUAUCAUGUGAUUUGAUAGAAGUUGAAAAAAUAAAAAAAAAAACAAUUUUAAUCUAUAUUCCAUAUAAAAUAUAUGCUACCUACGUAAGAAGGAUUCAAAGAAAAUUAAUUAAUGAGUUAGAAAAGAAAACCAAAAAAUAUGUAGUACUAGUUGCAAAGAGAACCAUAUUAAAAUCUAGGCAAAAAACAAAAUCAUUUAAAAUCUUACCAAGAUCAAGAACUUUAACAAGUGUAUAUGAUUCGGUUUUAGAAGAUAUUGUUUCUCCCAGUGAAAUAAUUGGAAAGAGAAUAAGUAUGAAAGCUGAUGGAAAAAGAAUAUUCAGAAUCAUGUUAGACCCAAAGGAAAGACAACGAGAUAACAUUGACGAAAAACUUAUUAGUUUUGCUGCUGUAUAUAAAAAAAUUACAAAAAGAGAUACCGUAUUUUCCUUACCACCAUCAAAUGAAAAAUAA